AUGGCGAGAUAUGUUCUACCCACGACAGUUUACCAGCCACCUCCGCAGGUUCGGAGGGAGGCGAGAGUUACCUUGAUCGAGGACGAGAUUCAAGUCAACGUACCUUCAUAUCGUUAUCCAUCAAAACUCAUGAUUACUUCACCCAUGUCCGACGACGUGCCCACACCACGCGGUUUCGCAGCCAACAUCACACCAGCAACAGACGCCACCUCUGUAGUCUCUUCCAUGUGGAGCCAACGCAGUUCUAAAUCGAGCUUUGACAGCCUUUAUGAUGUUACAGAUAGCGAGGGUGAGGAAGUACCGCUCAAGCUGUCUGCAUCUGUCAAGAAGCAUGUUGGGGAGAGGGAACGCAGCAGGUACCCCUCUCUUGUGAUACCCUCGCCCUCUCAAUGGCCGUCUAUCCACAAGCCACAGACUUUCCAGCCUGUUGGCUUGUCGCCUGCGACGAAACUGGCUUCUCCUUCUGCUUUUUCGGUAUGGCAGGCUCAGAGAUUGAGGGUGCCUAGUGGUACUUCAACGCCUUCUCUGGAUGGAAGUCUGACGUCUGAAGAACUCGCGCUCAGCAGUUGUCCUUCUACUCCGGAUCUUGCUUCCAGGGAGGAGAUUGUCGAUGAGUGGGAGCCACCGUGCCAACUCCAUCCAGAUGCAUUCGAGACGUUGCACCAGCUCAGUCCAGAAGAAGCCACGAACGAGGUCAUUGAGACAGUGCUCGAGGUGCCAGAGGAGGCCGCUCAUGAGAUGUCAGAGAUUAUCAAGAGUACGCCAGUACGUCUGGACUUUGCACUCCUGUCUGUCAAUCCUGAGGAUCAGUAUACCCAAGAUCCCAUUUCUGCUCUCAGUGUACCUUCGCCCGGUGGCUUCUUCUCUUCUCUUGCACCAGUGGCCGCACAAACCUGGGCUAUCAGGACACCGGAGCCAUCAACCAGUGUGGCCGAAAACUUCUAUGGUGUUCCAUGGCGAGGCGCGUCAUUGUCCGGCGGACAGCAGCAACGCGUAACAACAACUAUCGUCACUUCUGCGCUUUCACCGGCGUCUCGCGGACCAACCACCGCAAUCAAGGACGUCUUUUCUCCUAUCGAUCAGUCUGUAGAGAUUUGCGAAAUCACCGACGUAUGUUUGCCUCCCUCAGAGUACAACGAGCAGUAUCAGGAGAAACUAAAACAGUCAGCGUUGGCGCACUUUGAACGCACAAAGGGCUGGUUAGAAGAUCAAUCGACCAUGCUUCCCAACGUUGUCACCAUCGACAAGGUUGCCGCGCCGUCCACGUCCGACAUGGCAAACUCGCCUGCCACUGUUUCCGAGGCGACAAGCAGUCCGUCGAAGAAGUGCGUCAGGUUUACGCCUGAGGCUGCUGUGUCGCCGAGCUCGUCCAACACGACUGUUUCUGCGCUUUCUUCACCUUUUGCCGACCUUGUGGUCUCUUCCUCCAACGACAACAAUACAGACUCCAUCUUCCUUACCGGUUUCAGAUCAAUCAUGGAACGCACUACUCCCAAAGACGCCUUUGUGCACCGCCAGCCGCGCCUGGAAAGCACCCACGUCCUUCGCCGCAACUUCUCCACUGCUUACCUACGCACCCUCCACAGCGAUUACGAGGUUGCUGAGCCCAGCCGUCCAGUCUCUACCCGCCCCAUCUCGACCAUGCUUCCUGCUCCAUCCCCUGAGGAUGAUGCAAAGAGAGAAGUCAUCGCCGCUGUCGAGCGCGAACGCAGUGUGCUCGAGCAGCUCAAUCCUCAGUUGUGGGAGCUGGAGGCUCUCGCCUACCUCCGUGGUGGUAACCUUCUCACAAAGGAAGUGAACGUGCACAUCGCUUCCACUGCCAAUGCACAAAUCCUCGACUUUGGAGGCAAGCCUAAUGCCGACUGGGCUUGUUGCAUUGCUACCGCGUUCCCCAUGGCAAAGGUCUGCACUGUUUACUUUGAACCCACCACUGAGACUCUCGAGGCUCCUUCCAACCAUGUCUCUGUCGAGUGCGAGAAGCCUUUCCAGCUGCCCUUUGCAGACAACACCUUUGAUCUCAUCAGCACACGCACUCUGCACUCUCUACUCAAGAGUGAGCACUGGGCUUCCACCCUCUCCGAACUCCACCGCGUGCUCAAGCCCUCUGGAUACCUUGACUUCAACCUCCUUGACGCCCUCCUCAUCAACGUCUCCGCCGGCUCUUGGGGCCAAGUCAUGAAUGCCGAGUUUGGUCACAAGCUGCAGCAACGCGGCUACGAAAGAGAGCCCACCAAGCAGUUCUUGGGCAGACUUGAGACUGCAGGGUUCAAGGACAUCAAGCGCAUGUGGAUGUUCUUGGGCAUGGGCGAUGUGAGACCUACUUGGACAGAUGAGGGCAAGAGUCCUGCUGUUUCCAAGCCACCUACUCGUGCUCUGCCUGCUAUCCCUGGUGUUGGCAAUGCGCCUACCCGUGCUUUACCUGCUAUCCCUGGUGCUGGAAAUGGAAAGCAGACAGUCAAGUCUCCCGUGACUCCCAAAGGCAACGCUUUUGCCAAGUCGCCUGCUACACCCAAGCUCCCCGCUUCCACCGAGUCUCCAGUCGAAGGCACAGUCAAACCUACCGGUGCAAUCCACUACAAAGUCCCCAUCCGUGACGCCGCUGGCAACAUCCUCCUCGGCCCCGAUGGCAAGCCUUGCUUCUACCCUCCUGCCCUCACUGGCAGCACCUCUGCCGUUGCCCCCGUGACAGGUCUUUUGGGCGCCAGACUCUGGGAACAGUGGGUGUACAAGUUGGCCAGGGAGAUGGGUGGCGAGGCAGCCGAGUUGCAGAUGCUGGAGCAGGUUUGUGGUGUGCUUGAGCAGGGAGGCAAGGCUGGCAGUGGAAUUGGUUGUUUGUUGGGUGUGUGCAAGAAAUGA